AUGAGUAUCGGCUAUGAGCGCGCCCAACUACCAUCCCCUCUUGCGAAGACCUCACCUACGACGAUCACACCCACCACGACGACCAUAGACCCUCGUCUCGACUUUGUCGCCGGCACCGUCGCAGGCGUAGCGAGUCUGUUGACCGGACAACCGUUCGAUACGAUCAAAGUACGCGCUUUACGCGACUAUAGGCUUCCUUCCUUGGCCAAAGAGCUGACUUGCUUUUUCUUCGUCGACGUGUACAGGUCAGGUUGCAGUGCCAGGAUCGGAGUCAGAAGACGUAUCGCAAUGCCGUGCAUGGCUUCUUCAAAAUCGUCGAGGAGGAAAAGGUCCGUUCGGCCGGAGCUUUGGGCGAGCAAAAGGUCGGCUGAUUCGGUCUGACGGUCUUUCGGACGUGUCUUGCGUGGAUCCGAGUAGCUCAAGGGCCUGUUCAAAGGAGUGGUCAGUGCGAUCACCGCACGACUCGUGCAGAAAUAACUAGACACAUCGCCGCUGAAAAGAAAAACUUUUUCGUCAUCCCUGUAUGCCCAGACCUCGCCUAUGGUAAGGCCCUCUCUUUUGCGAUCGAAGCCCCUCUCUCUCUCUCUCUCUCUCUCUGGACCAACGCGCGCUCUCUCAGUCUUUCGAGCGGAACAAAAAGAACCUCUUUGGAUUCGACUGAUCGCUUCGUCUCUGUCUUUUUUUUUAUUUUCUCGCAGCUCGGUGUCGCCGCCAUAAACGCCUGCGUAUUCUCCUCCUAUGGACUGGCCCAACGUCUCCUCUCACCCCUUCUCGACAACUCCAACUCGUCCAAGCCCACCUCGAACCCCUCACUCCUGAUCAUCGUCCUAUCCGGAUCCGUUUCAGGUCUACUCACUUCGAUCAUCACGACCCCGAUCGAACGCCUCAAGAUCUUACAACAAUCCGUGAGAGGUACUACUCGACAACCGAGUUUGGUCGAGUUGGUGCGUCAGAUCGGUGCGAGGGGACUUUAUAGAGGUUGGAUGGCGACUUGUUGGAGGGAUUUAGGGUACGGUCCGUAUUUUGGUGUUUACGAGGCCGUCAUUAGGAGUCAAAAUCGAUUUGGAAGUGAAGGUGGGGAAAGAGAGGAGGUGCAGGGGAAUGAGGUCGGUACGGCGAAGGUUCUGAUCGCGGGUGGGAUGGCGGGGAUUGCGGGGUGGGGUAGUACGUGAGUUUUCUGCCCGCUUUUUGUUUAGGGAAGAAUGGUGCAUCUUGCAUUCGCUUCAGAUGGGGAUUCGUCUCGAGACAUCGAUUGCUGAAUCGGUUUAGGUUUCGCGAAAAAAAAAAAAAAAAAAAAAACCCCUUCGCUUUACCCUGAAACUUUACGCAGCUUCGCAAUGGACGUCGUCAAAACCCGUAUACAAGCCUCGGAAGCCUAUCUCGAUCAAGCUAGAACGAUAGCCCAUCCUUAUCGCACCAUCUCAUCGACGAUUCGCCAUUCUUAUCGAGCGCAAGGGUUCAAGGUGUUUUUCGUCGGGUUGGGACCGACGUUGUUGAGAAGCGUACCGGUGAAUAUGGUACGUUUGGAAAACCGGAGCGGUCGAUUGGUUCGGAGCAGGUUGACUGAUCACGUCAAUGGUAUCUUCAGGUGUGCUUCUUUGUUUUUGAAGCGAUCGUCUCGGCGUUUCGGUGA